AUGUGCGACGACGACGAGACCACCGCCCUCGUGUGCGACAAUGGCUCUGGCCUGGUCAAGGCUGGAUUCGCUGGAGAUGAUGCUCCCCGUGCUGUCUUCCCCUCCAUUGUGGGAAGGCCCCGCCACCAGGGUGUGAUGGUGGGUAUGGGUCAGAAAGACAGCUAUGUGGGAGACGAGGCCCAGAGCAAGAGGGGUAUCCUGACUCUCAAGUACCCCAUCGAGCACGGCAUCAUCACCAACUGGGACGACAUGGAGAAGAUCUGGCACCACACCUUUUACAAUGAGCUGCGCGUGGCCCCUGAAGAGCACCCCACCCUGCUCACCGAGGCCCCCCUCAACCCCAAAGCCAACAGAGAGAAGAUGACCCAGAUCAUGUUCGAGACCUUCAACGUCCCUGCAAUGUACGUGGCUAUCCAGGCUGUUCUGUCCCUGUACGCUUCCGGACGUACCACCGGUAUUGUGCUGGACUCUGGAGACGGUGUGACCCACAAUGUGCCCAUCUAUGAGGGUUAUGCUCUGCCCCAUGCCAUCAUGCGCUUGGAUCUGGCUGGUCGUGACCUGACUGACUAUCUGAUGAAGAUCCUGACUGAGCGUGGCUACUCUUUUGUCACAACUGCUGAGCGUGAGAUUGUGCGUGACAUCAAGGAGAAGCUGUGUUAUGUUGCUCUGGACUUUGAGAAUGAGAUGGCCACCGCUGCUUCCUCCUCCUCUCUGGAGAAGAGCUACGAGCUGCCUGACGGUCAGGUCAUCACCAUUGGUAAUGAGCGUUUCCGUUGCCCCGAGACCCUUUUCCAGCCCUCCUUCAUCGGUAUGGAGUCUGCUGGUAUCCAUGAGACUGCCUACAACAGCAUCAUGAAGUGUGACAUUGACAUUCGUAAGGACCUGUACGCCAACAAUGUUCUGUCUGGUGGAACCACCAUGUACCCAGGUAUUGCUGACCGUAUGCAGAAGGAGAUCACCGCUCUGGCCCCCAGCACCAUGAAGAUCAAGAUCAUUGCUCCCCCUGAGAGGAAGUACUCUGUCUGGAUUGGCGGCUCCAUCCUGGCAUCUCUGUCCACCUUCCAGCAGAUGUGGAUUAGCAAACAGGAGUAUGAUGAGGCCGGUCCCUCUAUUGUCCACAGGAAAUGUUUCUAA